AUGGCAGCUUAUGCAGCUUCAGUUUCUCUUAUGACUCUUAUGGAGCAGAUCGAGAACCAUCCUCGUUUUUCGAUUUCUGUCGACAAGAACCAGAUUGAAUCUCUACGCGAGAAGAUCGGUUUCUUGUUAAAAUUCGUAGAGAAUAAUACUCGUGGAGUUAUAAAUAAAGAAGCACAAGUGCUGUUGAGCCAAAUUUCAUCUUCAGCCUAUUCGGCUGAAGAUGUAAUCAAAUCUCACGUUUUCGACCAAACUCACGCGAUGGAAGAUGCUAAAAGAAAGGUUAUCAAGCGAAAAGAUGGCUCGAUUUCCUUGCUCGAUCUCCAGACGGUAAUAGAAGACAUAGAUUCCAUCAAGAAAAGGGUUAUGGAGUUUAAAGAUGAAAGUGGAGCCAAAGAUGAUUUGCCGCUCACAUACUCGGUGCCAGCUACUACUACUACUACUACUACUUCAUCAACACCUCUUACGAGUAUUACCGGAAAGAGCACGAUGGUGGGAUUUGAGAUUGAGUUGCAUGAACUGAUGGACAGGCUCACCGGGCUGCAAUCUAAUUUGCAAAUCAUUCCAAUCGUAGGCAUGGGCGGCAUUGGUAAGACUACUCUUGCCAAAUAUGCUUAUGAAAAUUCACUUAUUACGCGACCUUUUUAUAUUCGUCGUUGGGUUACCGUAUCCCAAAAAUAUGAUGUCAGAGGGCUUCUUUUACAACUUUCUGAGCAAAGUAGUGAGAUGAUUAGUAAAACUGAUGAGCAAUUAGGCGAUGAGUUAUACACAAGGCUAUGCGGUCGGAAGUAUUUGGUUGUAAUAGAUGAUCUUUGGAGUGAAGAGGCUUGGGAGAAGCUAAAACGUUUCUUUCCAAACGACAAAAAUGGAAGUCGAAUUGUUGUCACUACAAGGAUAUGGGAUGUGGCUAACAACUUUGGCUCUUCGUGCCUUCGUGUGAAUUUUCUAGAUAAGGUUAAAAGUUGGGAACUAUUUUGUGAAAAGGCAUUUGGUAAUCAAGUCGGUUGCCCUUCUAAGCUAGAGAAUAUCGGAAAGGAUAUUGUUAAAAAAUGCAAAGGGCUUCCCCUUUCAAUUUCUGUGAUUGGUGGGCUUCUUGGAAGGUCGUCCCAUAUGACCCAAAAAUAUUGGAAAAUUAUUUCAAACGAUAUAAUCUCCAAUGUGAACCUCGAUCAGAACGAGAAUUGCUUGAGUAUAUUAAGUUUGAGUUACACUUACUUACCUCCUCAUCUUAAACCAUGUUUUCUUUUCAUGGGAUUUUUUUCGGAAGACGAUGAGAUUCAUGUAUCCACAUUGAUGAAACUUUGGGUGGCUGAAGGAUUUAUAAAGCCGAAUAAAGCCCAAAGCUUGGAAGACAUUGCAAUAGGUCACUUCAAUGACCUCAUUGACAUGAAUCUCGUUUUGAGAUAUAGUUCUGGGGCAAAUGGAAGAGUUGUUUAUUGUAAGAUCCAUGAUCUUUUGAGGGACUUGUCAAUCAAGAAGUCGGGUGUGUGUGGGUGA